CACACUUGAAUUUUCAGAACCAUACCCUUAUUUUCCAAUUUUACCAAAUCGAAGUCCGGAUUGCUCCUCAAGCCCGUAACCCCUGCUCCGCCGUCGCCGUUUCAAGGAAACCCACGGUCGACGAUGAAUCGGCGCCCCUAAGCCGCGCGCCUGUGCGGUGACAACUUCGCCAGCGUGAAAAAGAACAACAGCUCACCGCGCAGUUAGAAGAAAUCGCAAGGAGGGUACGCUUAUUUCAUUUGUUGAACCUUUGGUCGUGAGGCUUGGAUAUGGAUUUAGAGACGGAGAAUAGAAUAGCUGCCAUUCUUUUGAAAGAGGCAGCAGAAUUACGUCGGCAAGCACAGAGGGAAGGUGCUCUUGCUUAUCUUGGCAAGCCGACUGUAAGGAGUAGGCCUAACUCUCGCUUCCUUACAGCAACUGUCCGUGGAGUACAACAAGCUAAUCGUGCCGUGGAAGUAAAUGAGAUGUGGCGACUAAGGGAGAAACAAAUAGAGCUCGACAACAGGCUUACAGGAAGCAGGGAUGUUUCAAACACUCAUAGGAGUAGUAAGCAUAGGGACAACGACUCAGAAAGGAGUGGCACAAGCACUUCUAUUUCAUCGAAAAAAAGAGAUGUUACAGAUUGCCACACAAUCGAGGAUGGAGGGUUGGGAGAUGAUGAAGUUGAGGAAUUUCUACGGUCAAGAACAAAGCGAGGGAGGGGCGCAGUUGGUUCACGGAUGGAUGAAACAGGUCCUUACCUUUCAAUUCCUCGUGAUUAUGAAAUAAAUGCAUCGGACGAGGAGGUGAAAAGACCUCGGGUUUCACUUGGCCCGGAGAAGCCCCACUUCUUACAAUCUAGGGAAUGGUCGGAGAAUUUAUGUAGCCGAGAUGAGAGGAAAAGUGCGAAGGUGCACUUGAGCAAACGGCACUCGAAGAAGCACAAGAAAUCGGAGGAGAAGAAGAGAAAGAAGAAGAGAGGGAAACGUAGGACAUGAAGUGUUUGAUCUAUCAAUGGUUUCCCAAUAGAAAUGUUUUGUGGGAAUAUGUUGGGUAUGUAAAUUGUUGUGCUUUAUAGCUUUGUAUGUUCAAAUAUUUUAAAUACUAUAAUAAAAUUUUAUAUAAUACAAAUAAUAUUCUUUGUAUUUUUAGUAAAAAUGCAUAAAUUGUUUUUAUGUAUUGUGUUUG